GCUGCACAUGCCCACCGCAGUCAAAACAGCAGCGGAGAUAAAAUUCCACAUUGUCAUCUCUGUGAAAUCUGAGGGAGCGUCGUUAUCAGGUCUUGCCAACCCAACCGCCUCCGCCGACGCUGCUGCGGGGUCAGCGCGCAUGCAGCCUCACGCCGGACGCAGGCUUCGACACGCCGACCCACUCUGCGCCUUCGCGUUUUAACGGGACUCCGGCAGGAACCCUCUAGGUUCUGCUGCAGGGAGGCGAGGAAAUGAGAAUAGCCCCUCAAAUCAGCAAAUCACCAAACAACCACGGGGACAGGCAAAAAUGGCAGAACUUGUGGUCGGGGGAAAAAAAACUGAGGGCUUUCGCGGAAGGAGAAGGCUCAGACGCAGACAAGGUCGGCAAUGGAAGAUGACCUCCGCCAACUACCACGGCUUGCACAAGUCACAGGAGUCGCCCACCUUGCCGGUGUCCACGGCCACGGACAGCAGCUACUACACCGGCCCGCAGCACGGACACUCGUGCGGCGGAUUGCCCUUCGGAGAGCUCGGUUCCUUCCAGUACCAUGCCAGCGGGCCCGGCGCGGCGCCGUACGGCAUGCAGGCGGGCUUCAACACCCCUUAUGGGGCGUACAGCACGUAUGGGCCCAACUCGUCGCCCACCCCUCCAGAGACCGAGAAAGAAGAGAGCGAGCCAGAAAUCCGGAUGGUGAACGGAAAACCGAAGAAGGUCAGAAAACCUCGAACCAUUUAUUCCAGCUUCCAGCUGGCCGCGCUCCAGAGGAGGUUCCAAAAAACGCAGUACUUGGCGUUGCCCGAGCGGGCCGAGCUGGCGGCGUCGCUGGGCCUCACGCAGACGCAGGUGAAAAUCUGGUUCCAGAACCGGCGCUCCAAGUUUAAGAAGCUGUGGAAAAACGGCGAAAUUGCACCGGAGCAGCACGUCCCUGCGGGGGAGUCCCCCCCGUGUAGCUCCCCCCCGAGCGCUUGGGACUUUCCACAGACUCAAGCCAUGAGCGGCUCCACGUUUCCUCCGAGCUGCAGUAGUCCGCCCAACAGCGGCAGCGGCGCUCCAUCCUCCUCCUCCUCCUCCUCCUCCUCUUCUUCCUCUUCUUCCUCCUCCUCAUCCUCUUCUUCUUCUUCUUCAUCCUCUUCGUUUUUGGCCAACUACUCCUGGUACGCCAACACGAACUCUGUCAGCCACCUGCAGCCCUCCCUGCUCCACCACAACCCCUCUAUCACCGCCGGGACAAUAUUCUGAAGAACCGAGAAAGAAACGGGACUCUGGUGGUGGACCCCCCCCCCCAAAAAAAAGAAAAAAAAAGGAAAAAAAAAGAGAAAUACACGCAUAUAAUAUUGAUUUUGGAAGGUCUAUGUGGGUCCUACUUUGACGCGCGGCAACAUCGCCGAACCGUGGACGUGUCUCGUCUUUUGGCACAUACACAUUCACAAUUUGCUGGUUAUUUUUGUAUUUAUUUAUUUACUUGAUGUCCAGGGAUGAGCGAAUGAAUGAAUGAGCAACUCUCAAACUGGACUUCUUUUUUUUUUUUGAGGGGGGGGGGGGCAAAUUGAAAGGUGCCCCGUCAGUGAUGUAGCACAGCUCAACUGUAUCGUGCCUUUUUCUACUUGACCUCAUAAUUAUGUCGUGUGAUAUAAAACAGCACUGGACAAAAAUGAAAGACUUAAAAAAAGGAAAUAAAUUGACUUUGGGUAUUUUGAACAUUUUUCAUUUUGUACAAAUAAAUACUUUAAUUAACAAUAUUUGUAUUUGGACGUUUUAUUUUCAGUAGAAUAAAAUAGAAAACAAACGGGAUCGUUUUAUUUGAGCAAAAUUUGUGAAACUUCUAAUUUUGCCGGAGUCUCUUUUUUUUCAAGAGCUGUAUAUUUUAUAAAACAGCUUUUAAUGUUGGAAGUGUCUCCGCGUCUUGUAAAUAUAUUUUUUUUAUAUAUCUCGUGACUUUUAUUUCGACAGGCAAUCGGUGCAAAAAUCAUUUUUCCACCACAAGCUACUGAUUGUCCCACAGCUGAUUGGAUUGUAUCGCCCUGAAUUGUGGUUUUUUUUUUUGGGGGGGGGGUCAUAUUUAUUAUUUUUUACAGUGCUCCAGAUAUGGUUAUUUAAAUAAACACAUUUCCUGUGACCUCCCCGUUUCCCACAUGUGAAACACUGUUGACGUCUGAUUAUAUUUAUUUCCAUUUAAAUAUUUUGAAUGUAAUUAAACCCACGGUAUAUAUGUUUAAUGAGCAGUUUCAUUUUAUUAUUGAUGUCAGUUGAUUUUUGCACAUUUCAGACAGCGGAGCUGUUGUCGAUUUGACCUCGAAAGAAGGUUCGGACAUUGUUGGGUGAUGCCUUGCAAUCGACACACACGCGGCCCCAACCAGAAAAGCAACAUCGUUCGAUUUUUAGGAGGUUCGAAUCUCUAAAUUGAUUUGGUGGUGGAUUCGGGUUUCCUAAUUGGACGUUUUUGGGAAAAGAAAAAGAAAAUGACCAAACAAGAAGAGUCUGUCUGACUUCAUGCUGUAUGAAAAUGAACGCGGACGUAAAGUUUUUCUUUAAUUGCUAUUGUGUGAUUUGUAAGGCAAUUUUGCUGAAGAAUUGUAAAAACAAGCAUUGUGGUUAACAGGAAGAACGAAUGAAGCUCUUGUAAAUGUUUCACCUCUAGCUUGACCCCCAUUUGUUUAUGCACUUGCUCAAGCACACCUGUUAUAAUCAAUUGAUCAUAU